CAGAUAUUUCCUAUACAAAACAAUGUCAGACUUAGAUUUCGCCUUAGAACCUACGUUGGAGUCGGUGGUGCUGCACGACAGCUUGAAGUGGGUGUUUGUCGGUGGGAAGGGUGGUGUGGGCAAGACGACCACAUCGUGCUCGGUGGCGAUCCAGUUGGCGAUGGCGCACCCGGCCGAAGAGUUUUUAUUGAUUUCGACUGACCCUGCGCACAACUUGUCGGAUGCCUUCAACCAGAAGUUCGGAAAGGAUGCCAAGAAGGUGGACGGGUUGGCGAACUUAUCGUGCAUGGAGAUCGAUCCCGAGAGUGGGAUGGCGGACAUGGCACUGCAGGCGCAAUCGCAGUUCAACAAUGACCCUAACGAUCCAUUGGGUGGCAUGUUUAAGGACAUGACGGGCUCCAUUCCCGGGAUUGACGAGGCUUUGUCGUUCAUGGAGGUUUUAAAGCACAUUAAGACCCAAACCGCAGCCCCAGGGGCCAUUGCUGACGUGGCUGCCAUCACCUACAAAACGAUCAUCUUUGACACUGCGCCGACGGGCCACACCUUGCGGUUCUUGCAGUUGCCAUCCACGUUAGAGAAGUUGUUGGGCAAGGUGCAGACGUUGAGCAACAAGUUUGCGCCGAUGUUGAGCAUGUUGGGUGGCGGUGCUGCGCAGCAGCAGCAGACCCAGGAGAUGCUUGCCAAGUUAACCGAGAUCCAGUCCCAGGUCACCGAGGCCAACAACCAGUUCCAAAACCCCGAGUUGACCACCUUCGUCCCUGUUUGCAUUGCCGAGUUUUUGUCGUUGUACGAGACCGAACGUUUGAUUCAGGAGUUGAUCUCGUACAACAUGGAUGUCACAUCCAUCGUGGUCAACCAGUUGUUAUUUGCGGACUCCACCGAGGACGAGUGCAAGCGUUGUGUUGCCAGAUGGGCUAUGCAGAAGAAGUACUUGUCGCAGAUGGAUGAGUUGUACGAAGAUUACCACUUGGUCAAGAUGCCGUUGUUAGGGAAGGAGGUUAGAGGCUUGGCUAAUUUGAAAAAGUUCUCCAAGUACUUGUUGACUCCGUACGACCCGGUUGUCAAUGGUGGCUUGGUAUUUGACUUGGAGGAUGCGAAAUAGUUUGCAUAAAGAAUUAAACAAAGAAUUAGGCAUAAAAUAUUGAUUGAAGAGAAUUAAUUGAAGAGAAUUAAUUGAAGGGAAUUAAUUGCAGAGGACUAAUCGCAGAGGAUUUCAAAUAGGUAAAGGUGGAAAGGUGUUGGUAAAGGGCCGAAGGCAAUUACAGCAAUUAUAGGUUAAUUACAAGAACCAGCAAUAAGUAUAGUCACAAGUGCAGGAAUUAAUAUAUUUAGCCUUUCG